CAAGUACCACCAACACUGUGACCUAUGAAUAACGUGAUUGUGACCUACCGUGCAAAAUCUUGGUAGAGCGCGCUUGACAACUACGGUACAUGUACUUCGACAGUAUCCUCAUAAAAGAACUGGGGUCUCCGACGACAAAUAACUUACGCGAUCACAGUCGCCGUAAGUUCAACGAUCAAGUAGAUUCGUUUUCUUUGCGAAUGCAAAUUGCGUUAACACCACUUGGCCGAAUGCUUCGAGUCUUCGGCGACAACGUCCUGUCGGCAUGAUAAUAUCUUACUGCCCCAAAGAGUUAAAUGUAAAACGAAAGUCAUUGGCAGGAAUAAAUAAACCGCUCCAGUGCCCGUUCGUUCCUGUAAUACUCCACACACACCCUGGAGCUGCUUCUACUCUUCUCCCCUCUAACGAAACUCGAUCAGCUAAAACUCGAGAGGAUUGGCACCGUAUGCGAUGGACCACAAAGUUACGACAGACUAUACCCGGCUGCUCGGGAAUGCGAACGUCAAGGUAUAUGUUCGAGCGAGGCCAUGCGCUGACGGUCAAAAUGCCCCCGAAGACAUGUUCGAAAGGAAGAAGGAAACUCCGAACAAUAUUGUGAUCAAGGACACGGAACGAAUGCAAUAUGGAAAUCACGCUUUCAGCUUCGACAACAUUUAUUGGACGGAUACAACUCAAGAAACUUUGUUUGAAGCGACGAGCAAAUGUUUGGUAGACUACGCUUUGAAGGGCAUCAAUAGUUGCUGCUUCGCCUAUGGACAGACAGGAUCAGGCAAGACUUUCAGCAUUUUCGGAGAACAAGGAGGAGAAAAAGUCGGAUUACUUUCAAGGUCGAUUGAGUAUCUCUUCGACAUGAUAAAUCGUCAACAGAGCAAAGCCAAGGAAGUGACGCUGGUUGUCAGCUUUCUCGAAAUCUACUGCGAUCGUGUCCGCGAUCUUGCACGAGCUUAUCUCAAGAAAACUGGAAGGCCUGUAUCGUACCAGACGUCCAGCAGUACCGAAUGGUUUCUUCGUCAACAACAGCAACUGAUUCCCCGGACCGAGAGCGCGACAAGUUUCAGCUCAAACCCACCAAAAGUGGAAGAAGACUAUGAUUACGAAAAAGCAAAUUUUGAAAUUCACGAGGAUGCUCAAGGCCGGGUGUUUGUGAAAGAUUUAUCCAUGGUCACCGUAACCUCAAGGGAAGAGGUGGAUGCUAUCGUACAAUGCGGAUUGAAAUUGCGGUCUACACACGAAACAAAAAUGAAUGCUGUGUCGUCACGCUCGCACACGGUGUUCACCAUCCACGUUUUCCAGCAAGCACGGGAUUCUGAAGAGGUGAUUUACGGAAUGCUUAACAUGGUUGAUCUAGCCGGGUCUGAACGUUUAAAGAAAAGCGAGUCGGACGGCCAGCGAUUGAAGGAGGCACUACAUAUUAACUCGAGCUUAAGCGCUGUAGGCAAGGUUGUGAUGUCGCUGGAUCCAGAGAGCGGCUAUAACUACAUCCCUUAUCGAGACUCAAAGCUUACACGUCUGCUGCAGAAUAGUAUUGGAGGCAACUGUUUUACCACUCUCAUUGCAACUAUCCACCCGAUGAAAGAGCACUACGAAGAGUGUUUGGGGACUCUGCAAUUUGCUAACCGAUGUCGAUCCGUACAGAAUCAGCCUCGCGUCAACCACAUCAAUGGUACUAUUGCAGACAAAGAUCGGCGCAUUCGUAAGCUUCAAGAGGAAUUAAGCAUCGUGCGCCGGCAGCUCGAGGGUUUGCGAACUGAAUACAACAACAGAUUCGUUGCCACACUGAACGAACUCGGUUUCCAGGCCGAAGAGAUAUCGGAGAACGGCGAAAUUAAAUUUGCGGAUGGUAUGGUGCUGAAGUCUGUAUUCGCUGAUGAAACCAACGGACAAGGUGGUGCGGAUUCGGGCGCGAUUUUCAAGAGCAAGCACCACGGUACUACAGGUCAUGCCCAAAAUUUGCUAAAAGCAAAUGCGAUAGAAACUCGGAACGAUAGAGAUCGUUUACGCCAGAAAUAUGCCAAUGCAAAAAGUAAUUUUGCUGUGGUUGUGACUGAAGCCAAUAAGGAAAAGGAGAAUGCUCGACGAACAAUUAACGAACAGAAGCGAAGGAUUGCCACGUUAGAGAGUUGUUUACAGCAGAAAACGAGUGAGUAUGAUCGCGCUUUGGCAUCCGAGGCGGUGCGACAUCGAGAAGAAAUGCAGGCACUUCUUCGGCGAAACAACCAGACGAAUACCAGUUUUGACGCUAAGUCUCUCAGUUAUCAACAAUCCUUCAUCAACCCGCUAGGUGAGGAUUGCGAAAACUCAAGAGAUCGAGAGAAGCAGUUCGAGCAGAAACUACAACACCGAGUGGUUGCAUUGCAAAAAUCAAAAGAGAAUGAAAUCACUCUUAUCAGGCAGCAGUAUGAGCAAUCUCUGGCGAGUAAAACUGAAGAGCUUAACACCGCAAACAACAAACUGCAGCAACUACAGCAGGCAACUACGGAAAAUAUGGAUAAUAUCCGUGAGGACUGCGUGGAGCUUUACACAUAUGUCGGGCGGCUAGUAAGCGCUGUAGACACAAGCCAACGAACAUUUUCAUUACCGAAAAAUAUCCUAGCCGACCCAAUGAAGCUCCGACACAUGAAAGCUAUUAUGACGCCGGCAGCAGCACGACUUCCCAUACAAACCUCACGCUCUGUUGUGCCGGCGAUAAACCGAAUUAAAUUAUCUCGACCCGUAUCAGCGCCAGUGCGAAGAACAAAAACUACUUAUGCAGCAGCUCUACGGGAUCGGGUAAGCCAAUCAUUCGACGAUCCAUUCGACAAUGACCAAAUUGCAUACGAUGCACGACCCGAAAGAAAAACCGAUAAACUUCGACCUCCAUCUGGACAGAGAGCGGAUGAAGGUGACGACAGGACACAAAACUCGUCGGAAUGUCAGCGUUUGAUGAAAUUACUUGAAGAAGAGCGCAAGAAAAACCGUGCGUUGAAAGCUGCGAAUGCUGCACGUACUCGCCAGAAAAUAGAUGUCUCCGAUCGUUAAAUUAUAGUCUUAAGUUUUAAUCCAUUUAAAACUCUCCCG